UCCUCUUUGAAAUGCACUCAAAACUGUUGUAAUGCAUUCUUGGGUUGGAAAUAUUGCGUCAGUAUAAAAGAAUCAUGUUUGAUUUAUAUAUCUUUAGUAAUGUGACAUCUGCGAGUGAAGUAUACGGCCCGAUGAUGCAAAGAAUUAGUAUGUUUGUGCUACUUUUCAUCGGUGCAUUUUUGAGCCCAGUGCAAAGUGGUGACAGUGGGGCUGGAGGGAGACAAGUAGCGUCGUCUUCGUCGGCUGUUGAUUUCUUGGACAGAGGACCAGCCGGCCCUUCAGGGCGAGAGGAGGAUGCUGGUCUCUACGGCCCAGCCCCCCCACUUCCUCUCAUAGCUGGAACCAGGGGUGGUAAUGGUGCUACCACAUUAGCAGAUCAUCUAAAGGGGGCAAAUUAUCCUCCAGAGUCUGCUAUUGACCAAUUUGAAGUUGGAUAUGGAGGGACCUACUACAGGAAAGAUGGGGACCGCUCAGGUCCUGAAAGAAACGUUCGCCCCAACAACAAUCACAUUGGAUAUGGUCCAUCAGGGUCAAGUUUCGACAAACCAUUGGAUUCUUUCCGUGAAACGGGGUCGAAUCCACUGAAUUUGAAUGGGCUUAGCGUUGCCGAAUUGGAACAACUGAGAAAUUUGGCUGAAGCAGCCCAAGGUAUUGGAAAUGCUGCACGACAAGGUGGUGGUGGUGGUGGUAAUGGUGGUGUUGGUUCGCUUAAUGCUGGAAACGGAAAUGCUGGGGGUCCGAACGUCGUUGCCAACCAUGGGACUUUGGGACCUCUGCUUCCCAAAGAUUCCCAGGAUGACAAGGGGCUUACGUACGGAAGUGGUGGUGGAGCUUCAUCCUCCUACAAACCAUUGUUGGAGUAUGGGCCUGGAGGUGGACCUGGAGUUCUUCAAGGUGUUUUGGACGCCCAAAUAAAGUUGAACGCUCUGCGCAGUCAACUUUUGGCUCACAAUUUGGCUAAAUUGGACCAUCACGCCGCAAAAGUACAUGCUGGAGCGUAUGGCCCUCCUCCAGGUCACCAUUAUGGUCCUGGUCCACUAGAUCAUCAUCAUCACAAAUCAGCCUUGUUGAAUCUUCAUCCGCUAUUUGGAAAGUUGGAUGCCGUAGAUGCUCAUCUUCUUGGAAAACUGCAAGCCAAAGACAUUGAGCUGGCAAACUUAGAAAGGGAGAAACUGCAAUUGAUUGCUGCCGCAGGGAAAGCUGCCUUGGGGUCCAUACGAGAAAAGGAGAAGCUGGUGCAUUUAUAUGGUCAGUUGGGAAUUGCGGAUGCUCUCAACAAUCCUCUAGGAAAGCAUCAUCCACCUGGACCUGGAUUCGGAUAUCAUCCUGCAGCUGGAGCCGAGAAAGCUGCUGCCCUUGCGGAUAAGGCUGCUCUUCUGGCAGAUAAAGCUGCCGCCCAUGCAGACAAAGCCGCUGAUAUUGCCAAUCAUCAUGCCAAUCAUGCUGCCGGACACGAGUACAAUCCUAAUUUUGGUCCACUCCCUGCUGACAAGAUACAUCUCAACCCCAUCAAACCAUUAGGGUAUGGUGCACCCUUAGCACCACCACUUGGCAAUUAUGGAGGAGCUUUUGGCGGAGGACUGCUUUCACCAGCAGCGCGAGAGGUGCUGACAAUUCAUCCAAUUUACAAUUCGCCUCUUGCUGUUAAACAAGUUCAUAAUGUGAUUGUGAAGGAACAGCUCAAGGGUCAACAUUACUACGGACCUGCCCCAGGACCCAAUUACGCUGCAUACAAUGGUCACGCUGUUGGCAAAGGUGCAUUAUUCGGUGAACACGGCCUAGCUCCACACCAACGACCAGGACCUUACCCAUCCGUGGAUGAUGUGGUACAUCGACAUAAUGGAGGAUACGGGGUUCCACCAGCGGCCCAUUUACAUGGAAAAUUGGAUGUCUUGGUGGAAAACGUGGCAAAAAAUACUGCGAAAGCACUUGUCGGGGCGUUACAAGGGUAUGGGUAUGGUAAUAAACACAACCAUUACAAUAAUCACCACUGAAAAUUUACUGGUAGUUCUAAAUACGAACGUGAAAUGUUAAUGAAAACUAAUCAUAGGCUGUUUUUGUGAAGAAAGUAAGCGUGCCAAAUAAUUAUGCAUUUUAACAUUUUGUAGUGAUAUAGUGUUGGUUAUGUAUAUGUAAGGAUCCGAAAUGUGUUCUCUAGUCAUCAUGUUGUUAAGUAUCAAAUGCUAAAAGCCAAAAUAUAAACAAUUUCUCUGAAAUAAUUAUCCGUUACAGCUUUCAUAAUCACGAACUUACCUAUACACACGACCAUAAAUAUAAAUACAUACACACAUACCUCAGUAUCCGUAUCAUACAUAAUUCCCUGAUUGCAACUUUGUAUUGGUCUUCAAACUAACCAUCAAUGAAUGGAGUUCCGGUUUGUAAUAUCAAGCAAAAAAAAUAUCGUGCACAAUAAAUGCAUAGCAUGCAACAUUAAAUGUCUCAUAGCCAAUAGGAUACCUACUGAAACAAUGUAAUACAUAUACUUGUCCACUUUCUCAAACUUAAAAUGUCCCACCCAUGCGAAGAAUGACACUUAAGCACAUUUGUAAAUAUUAUGUAGUUUCUCAUUGGCAUCGGAAAAUAAAGCCAAUAAAAACA